AUGAGGCAUGCUCUUGCUCUGCUUCCUUUUCUCAUCCUUUUCUUGAAGUUUGUGGCUACUACAGAAUCAAGAAAAGAUCUAAAAGAAUAUUGGAAAAAUGUUAUGAAAGAUGAAGAGAUGCCAGAAGGAAUUCAGGGGCUUCUUCAACUCAAAUCUGAGAUCGCACCCUUAACAAACUCCAAGGCGCAAGAACAACAUGCCAAAGGUAAGUGUGAUCAGCAUCCCAUACCAAAAAUACUAAAUUUCAAAGAAAAAAAAGUGGUCACUGAAGAAUUUGAACCCAGACCAAGUGCUACAAAAUAUGAUGGUGAUGGGGGUUAUAAAAAUAUGAAACUACCGGUGAACGGUGAGUUUGAGCCCAUACCAAGUCUCACAAAAUAUGACGGUGAUGAGAGUUAUAAAACUAUGAAACUACCAGUGAACGGUGAGUUUGAGCCCAUACCAAGUCUCACAAAAUAUGAUGGUGAUGAGAGUUAUAAAACUAUGAAACUACCGGUGAACAAUGAGUUUGAGUCCAUACCAAGUGUUACAAAAUAUGAUGAUGAUGAUGGUUAUAAAAGUGUGAAAUUACCUGUGAAUGAUGAGUUUGAACCAAGACCAAGUGCUACAAAGUAUGAUGGUGAUGAGGGUUAUAAAAGUGUGAAAUUACCUGUGAAUGAUGAGUUUGAACCAAGACAGCCUGCUACAAAGUAUGAUGGUGAUGAGGGUUAUAAAAAUAUGAAACUACCCGUGAAUGGUGAGUUUGAACCAAGACCAAGUGCUACAAAGUAUGAUGGUGAUGAGGGUCAUAAAAAUAUGAAAUCAUCCGUGAAUGAUGAGUUUGAACCUAGGCCAAGUGCUACCAAGUAUAAUGAUUGA